CGACCGGCGCUGCAACCGAAGCACGCUAACUGUCUCGCGAAUAAUGGUAUCGAGUAAGACAACGCUGUGUUCCGAAAGUGUAUUGUAAUUGUGUUUUGUGAUAGCUAUUGUGUGGUGUUCUGAACAAUGAUUUCGAGGGCGCUCCUUGUAGCGUUAUUCAGCGCUUUUGUGACGUCACUGGCUCCUAUCACGGCACCAGCUGAUGAUAACUGCGCCUUGUACCUCACCGGCCCUGGUCGCUCGUCAGCGUACGACUACAGUCUCAAUCUACUCAAAGGAAAUUUUGCCUACGAAGGUAAACAUACUUGCAUCACAUAUGACGCGAUCAACCAAGCCUACUUAGACGCAAGAACACGAAUAUUGGUCUCCCAGCCAAAAGGCGAUUGGCACGCUGAACAUUUCGCCAGUGUGGGUGAACUUAUUCUAGAUAUUUCUGUCAACUUAGCGCGCACCUAUGGACUAACGUAUGAGGAAAUAGAAAAGGGUUUGCCUCUGAUUGACACGUCACGGACCCUGAUCCGGGAGGUGUGCCCCCCAGUGUUCUCUCACGUGGAGUGUCGCGCCGGGAAGUAUCGCCGACUUGACGGACUCUGCAACAACCUACGACAUCCGACAUGGGGCGCUACUAUGGCUCCAUUCCAACGGCUAAUCGGCCCUUUGUUUGCGGAUGGCAUAAAUGCUCCUCGAAUCGCCCAUUCUGGCCGGGAUCUACCGCUCUCCAGGGUUGUCUCCCGCACCAUGCAUCCUGAUGAUGGCUUCCACGACCACGCCGGUACUGUCAUGGUCAUUGCCUGGGGACAGUUCAUGGACCACGACUAUACACUCACUGGAACUCCGCUUGAUCCUGUGAACCGCAACGACCCCGAAGAAUGCUGCAAGCGACCAUUGCAUCUGAAACAUCCAUAUUGUAACGAGAUCUUGAUCCCAGACGAUGAUUACUUCUACCGCCUGUUUGGAGUCAAGUGCAUUGAUUUCGUGCGGGGCUUCCCCUCGCCGAGACCCGGCUGUAAGCUUGGUUCGAGGAAUCCGUUCAACACGUUGACUGGAGUAAUUGACGGAAAUACCGUUUAUGGGGUCACCGAAAAGUUCGCCAGAAAACUAAGGACAGGAUAUGGUGGUUUAUUACGCAUGAACCCAGUAUUCAAAGAGUACGGACUUAAGGAUCUCCUGCCUCUUAAACUUGACAUACCUGAUGAAGGCUGUACUAGACCCAAUAAGAACAUGUACUGUUUUGAAGCCGGUGAGAUUCGUGUCAAUGAGCAGUUAGUACUGACAGUAAUGCACACAUUGAUGGCUAGAGAACAUAACCGUGUGGCCGCUGCCCUGGCUCAUGUCAACCCGCAUUGGGACGACGAGACCUUAUUCCAAGAGGCCAGAAGGAUCAACAUCGCUGAAAUACAACACAUAACUUACAACGAGUUCUUGCCGAUAUUACUGGGAAAAGAUGUUAUGGAGAAGUUCGGACUGGUGCUCGAAAAAGAGGGCUACUGGGAUGGGUAUGACCCUGAGGUGAACCCCGACGUGAUUGCAUCAUUCGCUGCUGCCGCCUACCGUUUCGGACAUUCACUCUUACCAACAGCCGUGGAGAGAUGGUCCAAAGCACACAAAUUCAUCGCAUCCAAGCGUUUGUCAGAUCUCAUACGAAGACCUUACGACUUAUACAGAGCUGGUGUACUUGACGAAUACGUGAUGGGCCUCAUGAACCAAGUAGCUCAAGCCAUGGACGAUUCAAUCACUCAAGAAGUAACCAACCAUCUCUUCAAGAAAGUAGGCGCAAGAUUCGGAAUGGAUUUGGUGUCAUUUAAUAUGCAGAGAGGCAGAGAGUUCGGUCUUCCCGGUUACAUGGAGUUCAGAAAAUUCUGUGGACUCUCUGACGCUAAUACUUUCCAGGACUUAUUCGGUUCUAUGCCUAAUGAAACUGUAAGGAAGUAUGAAUCGAUAUUUGAGCAUCCGAUAGACGUGGAUCUAUGGUCUGGUGGGGUUUCGGAACGACCUUUGCCAGGAUCGAUGCUUGGACCAACUUUUGCGUGUAUCAUCGCUACACAAUUCUCAUAUUCGAGGAGAGGUGAUAGAUUCUGGUUCGAGUUGCCGAAUCAACCUUCAUCAUUUACCCCAGAACAAAUGGCAGAAAUAAGGAAGUCUCGACUUGCAAGGGUAAUCUGUGACAACACAGAUAUUAUUGAUACAGUUCAGCUUUACCCAAUGGUUCUACCGGAUCAUGAGCUAAAUCCUCGUGUACCGUGUAGAAGUGGUGUUUUACCAUCAAUGGACUUUUCGAAAUGGGCUGAGCCGGUGCCUUUCGUAGGUGCUGCGAAACAAUAUGUGAGUAGUUUCUCUUUCGACCCAUUCCACGGGAAGUAGCGUCAUAGCAGCACCACAAUCGUAGUAGCACUUAGAAAUUAUCUUAGACCGUAACAAAUAUUACGUUUUUCAAAUAAUUUAUAUCUCUAAAAAACAUAAAAGCAUUAAUUUAUAUCAGAUCAGUUAAAUAUAAUCUUAACAAACUAGUUUGAUCAAUGUGAUAAAAAUAUAUUGGAUUUCAUGUUCUUUAUUUAAAAAGAACAAUUCGAAUACAUCACUAUUUCUUUUUUUUUCGUAUUAACACAGGUAUCAAAUAUCAAUAUAAAAUUGUAAUCAGUAGGUGCCUAGAUAAUUGAAAAUAAUUAUAUUAUUAUGUUGUUCUUUAAUAUUAUUGUAAUAUAAAAUAGUCACUUGCCAAAUAGGUGAAUAUGGCAAAUAAACACGGAUUCUUUUGUCAUGGAUACAAGUUAAUUUGCCUAAAAUUAUAAUCAGUUUUACGAUCACAUUUGAUCCUUAAAAUAAUAUGCGUCCAAGUAGAUUAAGUAAUAGUACUGUAAACAAGUUAUAAUUAUUAUUUAGAUUUAUAUAAGUAGUGCAUGUAUGUUAUUAUGUUUUGUAAGAGUGAAUAACAAAUAGUUAUUGUACAAAGUAUUCUUCUAUAACAUUAUUAUUGACUCAAAGUCACAUGAAUGAUUGCCAUAUUGUAUAAGGUAAUGUUGUUAGAUCUUAUUUAGCUUAUAAGCAUAAGAAGCUACAAGUACCAGAUUUAUAAGUACUAAUACUUUAAAAGAUUGACUGUCAAUAAACAAUCGCUUAUAAUUAUAUUAUUGAACAGUACCUCUAGUAACAUACUAUAAAUAAAUGGGUUCAUAACUUAGGCAAUGCCUACCACUGCCUUGUUCUAUAAUAACGAUAAAAAAAACUAAUAUUUCCUCCCCAAAUUUUAAGGCCUUUUCACACUAUACUCUUAGUAGUGUAGUGUAUAAUAUAAAUGCUUACCACUAGCCUUAUGAGUAUGUAGAGAUUAUGCAAUUUAAAAAUAUUCGAAUGUAAAUUAUACUAACCUCCAUUUUUUGAGUUUUUAUUAUAAGGUAGAUAAUUCAUAUUUAAAUUAGAAUAAGUAUUCACGCAAGAUCCGGAAUCACGCAAUAUUACAAAAUGCACCACAAAAUACACGCACCGUUGUUUUAUUUAGUAUUAUACUCACUUAUUUAUUUUAGUAUUUGUACUUUGUAAAUCAUUUUAUCUGUAAUUAUGUAAAUAAAAUACAUGAAAUAAAAA